AUGGAUUUUGACCAGUUGCUCCAUCAUAUUGGCGGUUUUGGACGCUACCAGAAAAUUCGACUGUUCUUGAUAUGUUUGGUGGGAACGUUUUGCGCAUUUCACUCUAUGAACAUGGUUUUUGUUGGCGCAAAACCAGAAUACGAAUGCUCAAUCAAAGACAAAGCCAUUUCGGACAAAUUGUUUGCAAAUGUAUCGUUCCAAAAAUGGGAAGCCAUUAUUAAAAAAGGAGAGAAAUGUUCGCUAUACAAUCCUCAUCAGGCUUACGCCUUGUUCUUUAAUGGGAGCAAUGUAUUUGACGUGGCAAAUACCACAGACCUUUCUGUUCUCACAACCGAAUCUUGUACAGAGUGGGAAUACUCCACAGACGUAUAUGGACCAACCAUCGUUUCUGAUUUUAACCUGGUGUGCAGUCAAGGAUGGUUAAGAAGCACAUCCAAGACUCUCUACUUCUUUGGACGACUUCUUGGGGCGUUGAUUUUUGGCCAACUCUCGGAUAUAUAUGGGAGAAAACCUAUGUUCUUCAGUGGCCUACUUUUAUUACUGUUGGCCGGAUGUGUGGCAGCCUCAGCGCAGUCUAUGACUGUUUUUAUACCAUUUUACAUCCUACAGGGGGCAGCACAAACCGGCCUCUUCCUCGUAGCGUACAUUAUGUGUACUGAGCUGGUAGCGAUAAGGUACCGUUUGCUGGCCGGACAGAUGAUCCUGAGUUUCUACGCUGUGGGCUACAUGCUUCUCUCCUUCCUAGCUUACUACAUCCGACACUGGCGUUAUAUAGAGGUCGUCAUUACAGUACCUGUCAUCCUGUUCGCCGCUUAUUGGUGGAUUCUCCCAGAAUCUGUCCGAUGGCUGCUGUCGAAAAAUAGAAAGGACGAAGCAAAAUCGAUCAUAAAGCUUGUGGCGAAGACAAACAAUAUGGAGCUAUCGGAGGAUACGCUGGAAAUUUCAACUUACCAUAAAGAGACACAGGAAGUGAUCUUUGACCGGAAGUUUACUUGUAUAGACUUAUUUCGACCUUUACCAAUGUUCUGCCUGUCGGUUAACGUGUGGUUUAACUGGUUCGUGAAUUCUUUGGUGUAUUACGGGUUGUCUCUCGGAGUCGGUACUAUUGGAGGCAGUCCUUAUGUUAACUUCGCUAUCGCAGGGGCUGUGGAGAUCCCCGGUAACAUACUGUGUGUCCUGUUCCUUAAUAGACUUGGACGUCGGCUGCCCCUAAUGGCGGCGAUGACUGCCAGUGGGAUAGCAUGCGUCAUUUCCGGUGUUAUACCCAGUGACUUGUUAGCUGUAAAGGUCACCUUUGUCAUGAUAGGAAAAUUUGGAAUAUCUAUUUCCUACGGAAUCAUUUAUUUGAUGUCGGCCGAGGUGUUUCCUACGGUUGUCAGAAAUGCCGGUAUGGGUGUUUCCUCCGUGUGUGCCCGAGUCGGGGGCAUGCUAGCCCCUCAGAUAUUGGAGUUACAGCAGUUCUGGGGUCCCUUGCCAAUGUUGAUUUUUGGUAGCAUUGCUGUGGUAGCGGGAUUGGUAGCUUUAUUGUUACCGGAGACAGCAGGACGACCAUUACCACAAACUAUAGACGAGGCGUUGGGUAACAGAUCGAGUAUGGCUCGACAUCUACCUUUCGGAACUCUACUGUUUUCUCGUACUACUCCUUCAUCAAAGACACUAAAACCUCAUAUCGCUUCCCACGGGCCCCCGUCUCUGACAACAUCCCAAUUAGCGUGUGUCCAUGUUUGUCCUGAGACUGGAGCAGAGAAGGGCGAUGCAUAUGCCAUUAAGAAGAAUGUUGUACGAGUCAAAAAGAGUCUGAAAUCAAUGGACGAGAUUCCAGGACCAAAAGGCAUUAAAGGGUUGCCCUUAUUAGGAACAAUAUUAGCAAUGAAACCAUUCACCAAUCAUACAACAUCAAAGUUCCAUCUAUUGUUCCAAGAGCUUAACGCAAAGUAUGGGAAGAUAGUCCUGUUUCCUAUGGGUAUGAAAAAGAGCGUCUUACUCUUUGAUCCGGAUUUGAUUGAUGCAGUCAUAUCCCAGGAAGGACUUUACCCCUGCCGUACGUCCCUUCCUAUUUUGGAUGCAUAUGUUUCCCGACGGGGAGUGGACCUUAUCAGCACAAGACAGGGUGAUAGUUGGUAUCGGAUACGCCGGCCGUUACAACAGGGUCUAUCACCACGGACAAUAGGAAGCAACCUCUUGGACCACUUCCGUUGUGGGGAGGACCUUGUAACAGCGCUUGGACAUUUGACCACUAGUAACGGACAGCUGAAUGGAUCUUUCAUGAAACGUCUAUUGAUGCAAUAUGUUCUUGAAGCUACAGCUUUGAUAACUUUCAACACCAGAUUGGAUAUAUUAGGGAGAAGUGGUAACGAGGAACACGAUGAGUUUCUCGGUGACUUAGACGAGGUCUUCAGUUUGAUGUCAAAGUCGUUGUUUACUUUACCACUGGUGAAGUGGUAUCGGACACCCAUGUACAUUCGGUUUGAAUCAGCGAUGGAUAAAAGCCGUUUGUUAAUGCAAAAUGUCUUCAAUAAUAUGGGUUUAUCAUACGUUGUGUUUGUACUAUUUCAGUGGGUUCGAUUUAAUAUGACUCACGAUAGAGUAUUUAAUUUUCAAUACAAAGAAUUUUCUUUCUUAAGUGUAUUCUACAUAACUGAUUAUUACUUUCCAAAAACGACGUCUCAAACCUUGAUGUGGGUUCUGUGGUCACUAGGAAUGCACGAAGACAAGCAGGAGAAGUUAGUCCUAGAAAUCCAAAGCAUCAGUGGCAUGAAUAACUCCAUAUCGGUAGAAACAUUGCAGCACAUGCCAUAUUUAAAAGCAUGCGUCAAGGAAUCCUUCAGGUUCGUCUACCCCACAGUAAAUGGACCCAUGAGGAUACUUUCGGAAAAUGUCGUCUUGGGAGACUACCUUGUACCAAAAGGCACUUGGAUACUAUUUGGGCACAACUCCCUAUGCCGUAGUACCGAGUACUUCGACCAUCCGGAAGAGUACGUACCAGAACGGUGGAUGGACGUUAGCCAGACUCCGGAGAGGAGACGAAGGAUGACCCUUUGUGCAUUAGCAUUCGGCAUGGGCAGACGCAAUUGUGUCGGCCGAAGAUUGGCCGAACAGCAGAUUUAUGUUGCCGUGAUCAAGAUUCUACAAAGAUACAAAAUAACAAUACCGGAGACGUCAAGAAAUACAGACAUAUCAUACAGUGUAGCCGCCUUACCAGACGAAGCUCUAGACAUACGCUUCACAAAAUAGGACAAUUGGUGGCUAAACCCGGCCUCAAAUGUUGUGCACUUCAAAAGGCAAUUGUGAAAUAAGAAUUAACGACUGCUCUCCAGUCAGAAGGGGAUCGUGUCCAGAGAACAGCUUGUGAAGAAAGAUGGAAAACAGAAGAAUAUUGGGAGAUAUACCUCAGGGACAUAAUACUAGUAAAGAUAUAAAAGAUAGUUACGGUGAGAUAGUUAUAUAACGAGUAGACUAAAGUUAGUGGUCUUGUCCAAAUCAUAUGCUUGCUGUUUUGUUAUUACCAAUGCUGAGUAAGGACAAAGACAGCUAGGUAGCACAAUGGACCAACAACGAAACUCUCAAUAUAUAUAAUAUGAUAUAAUGAAAUAUAAUAUAGUUUAUAACAGCUAACACCUUGUGUCAACAAGUUUUUAAAUAUAUUGAUUACUUGCAUAUCGUCACUACGUCACUAUUUAAAGUGAUAUUCCCAACAACAAUUCCAAUUCCACUCAUUUCUUUAUAUUUGCACCUGUCCCUUCUUCAGCUUAGUAAACUCUGAAUGCGAAUUAAUUAGCGUAUACACAGUAAAAAAGGGCUAAGCGGAUUAAUAAGCACGGGAAUUAUGACGUCGUCUCUUUGUGACGUUGCCGGAACGUCAACUAGACGGCGCCAUUUUGAAAGGACUGCUCAACGCAAUUUUAGCGUUUUCUCCUGUUACCCGAUGAUCUCUGCACAAAAAGCUAACGCUAAGCGAGUAUUUUGUCAAUAACUAAACUGAAUAUUGCGAAAAUGGAUGCCUAUUUUAACUUCUCUGCGAAAUAACCUAACAACAAAUGGCUGAAGCGUACAGUUCCUUUAGAGAACAUUUGACCACGUCACUUCUAAAUAUGUCAAUACACGCUGUGCUUGACAACCAUAGUUAAUCCGAGACGGACAUUGUGUAUUGUGAAUAUAUCAAUUAAUUAAAAACGUAUAAGGUAUGAAA